AUGGUGAACCCAAAUAAUUCUGUUAGCUACUUUUAUGAAACCUCUAUCCCAAAGAGAUCCAGCGGGUUACUUACACAAACAACUAAGCCAACAAGUUUUCAAAAAGCUUUCAAUCAAAAAGAAGAGGAAAUUGAAGAUGAGGAUCUGAUGGUGGACCUAAACACAGGAUCAUUGACUCCAGUUAAUCUAAAGCAUUGGACUCAAAUGAGCAGCAUGACCGAGAAAUUCGGGAAGCUAUGA